AUGGCCCCAUCAUUGGGUUUCCUCCUCGGCGCUUCUUCCUUAUUGCGGCUGCCAAUGCUCAACAUCCACCCAUCCCCGACGUGUGGUUCGGACACGGCACCCCGUGAAUGCUCCCGCUUCGAGGUCCCCCUCGACUGGGCCAAUGCUACUGCUGGCAAAGCAUCACUUUCUGUCGCCCGAUAUAAGGCUACGAAGCAGCCUAAGCUUGGGACUAUUUUUACCAACCCCGGUGGCCCAGGUGCUAGUGGGGUUAAGGCUAUCAAAGGCGGGAACGCUAUCAAAAUCUCGGAGGCUUCAGGUGGUCAAUAUGACAUUGUCAGUUGGGAUCCCCGUGGGAUAGGCGAGACCGUCCCCCGUGCAGACUGCUUCGCGACCGGAACCGAAGAAAACCUGUUCUGGGAGGGAACAAUUCCUCGCGCUGGGCUGGAGGCGCGGGGGAACUUUACUGACCAAGUUGAUAUCGACGCCUUUUAUGAUCAAGUUGAUGAGGUUGACGUUCUGCUCGAAGAGCUCGGGAAGCAAUGUGUCGCAUACAGCCCAGACACAUUCCAGUAUAUCGGCACUGCCGCCACCGUCCGUGAUAUGAUCGCGAUGCAUGACGUGCUUGAGGGACCGAAUAAACCCGUAGACUUCUGGGGGUUCUCCUAUGGUACUAUUAUCGGGAGUUACUUCAUAAGUAUGUUUCCAGACCGCGUUGGACGAGUGGUGCUCGAUGGCGUUGUCGAUCCUGAACGUUGGGCAAACCAGCCCUCAUACCAAAAAUGGGCUGUCAAACCAGAAUCAACCGAUGAGGCAUUUACGGGGUUCAUUACAGCAUGCGCUGCCGCUGGACCUUCGGGAUGCGCAAUGGCAAGCAAAGACUCGAAUCCGGAGUCUAUCCGCAAGUUUGUCAGUGAUUUGAUCGAUCUUGCGUAUUACUACAAGCGUGAAGUUGGCCCAUCUGCUGACGUUGGAUCUUCUCAAGUCCGAUCGUCGAUAUACAGUGGAAUGUACGGCCCAGCUGGUUGGCCAAAGCUUGCAGAAGAUUUAGAGUCGAUACAUGAGUUCCUACAGAACACCACAUCUGGGUCCAGUUCUACACAGAACAAGCGCUCGCAGCCCACGACUUUGCUUGAUAUUGUACCUCGUCAAAGCACUACUGCUACUGCUACUGCCGACAUCGACCCACCACCAGACUAUGCGUUUCAGGGUGUGACGUGCGCUGAUGCGGUUGACGCGGGUAACACUACCACUAAAGAUGUAUUCGAUUUCUUGGUACAUGUUACCCGAACUGUAAGUCCAAUGUUUGGUCCUUCGUGGGGUGACGGUGGAUUCUAUUGCCAUCGUUGGCCAGUCCGCGCUGUUGAGCGCCACACCGGGCCCUGGAACAAGAAACUCGCGAAUCCUAUCCUAGUAAUUGGUAACGAGGCCGAUCCAGUUACACCCUACGUGGCCGCAAAAAAGGUCGCGGACGCAUUGGGCGAUUCAGCGAUCCUAAUCGAACAGGAUGACUACGGCCAUACAUCCCUCGCCAUGCACUCUAAUUGUACUCUCUCGGCCCUCCAAGACUACUUCUUGAACAACAAAUUACCCACUCAAGAUAAACUUUGCGGGACCAACCAGCAACUCUUCCCCGGACCGGGUGUCACGAAAGGGAGCAUCAGCAAGCUCAGUUCGUCUAAUUCAGUAUCGACCACAGAAACCAACGCUCUCCAAGAUGAACUUGACAAACUCCGACACCGUAGUAACAGCUUGUUUAUUGCUGCCAUCGCACUUGCUACUGCUACAGGGCUCCUACUCAUUGCGCUGGUAUUCUCAUUCAUUCGCGGGCGCCAUAAAGCAAAGAACGCACACGAAACAUACCUUUCUCGUGGAGCGUUUGAAAAGGCGAGUGAUGAGCAAGGGCAUACCUAUGAUGACCCAUAUGCUCCCGGAGCCGGAACCAAGUCGGGCGGAUACUCCCGCGUCGAGACAUGA